GUAUUAGGUAUUGAGCAAUUUGAAUUGGGACAUCACAAUGGUGGUUCACAAGAUCAUUCCAGAAUUAUCCGAUUGACCUAUCAUGAUGACCGUUAUACUAAAAUAGCUAAACAUACAUUUGAAGCAUGGGAAGAGGUCGAGAAAGAUUCUGGAGUAAAAUUAGUACAUAAAUGUGGUGGUCUUAAUAUGAGUAAAAAAGGAGAAGCAGAUGCUAUUAUGGAAUGUUAUGCUAAAGCUAUGGAUACCUUCGACAUCAAAUAUGAAAGGCUAGACUCUGAACAGUUAGAGAAGAAGUUUCCACAGUUCAAAGUUGAUAAAGAUGUAGUUAGCUUAUAUCAGCCAGAAGCUGGUCUUGUGGAUGCUGCGUUAUCUAAUUCUGUACAUCAACAACUAGCUAGAGGAUAUGGUGCUAGUAUUUUAGCUAACAGUCCAGUCAUUAGAGUCUUCAGAAAUAAUGACGGAAGGAUCUCGGUUCAAACUACAAAAGGUACCUUUACCUGUAAACGUUUGGUUGUUGCUGCAGGGGCUUGGAUAAAUCAAGUAUUGGGAUCAAUUGGGGUUCAUAUUCCCGUAACAGUAACACAGGAACAAGUUACAUAUCUUGGUACACCAUUUAUCAAAGAAUUCACCAAAGAUAGAUAUCCAAUGUUUUUGUAUCAUGGUAAAGACUAUGAUUUUUAUCAAAUACCAAUUCAUGGUAAUGCCUGUAGUAAAAUUGGUAUUGAUGCCGGUGGUCCACCUGUAACUGGCAAUACCAGAAAUUUUGUCGUUGAUCCUGAACGUGAAGAUAUUGUUGUCAAGUUCAUGGAGAAGAUAUCACCAAAGGUAAGCUAUGGGCAAAUAUUUACUAUUACUGAUACCACAUGCCUGUACACCAUGACUCCUGACAGACAUUUUGUGGUUGAUAAAUGUGAGAAAGCUGGUUAUCCUGAUAUCAUUAUCUGUAACGGGGCAGGGCAUGCUUUUAAAUUUGCCUGUUUACUGGGUAAAAUUUUAAGUGAAAUGGCGAUUGAUGGUAGAACACAGUAUGAUAUCUCAGGAUUUAGUAUGAAUAGACCAGCUAUCACAGAUCCGAACUAUGAGAAAGAAUUUCAAUGGGCAAAGAAAAUGUCAGAAUCCGUGACACCAAAACUUUGA